AUGGAUUUUGUGACAGGAUUGCCCAAUACUCUAAGAGGACAUAAUAUGAGUUGGAUGAUGGUUGAUAGGCUCACGAAAUCGGCUCAUUUCAUUCCAAUUAGUGUUCAUUUUCCUAAACUAAUGUUGGCGGAGAUUUAUAUUCGUGUGAUUAUGAAGCUCCAUGGGGUUUCAUUGAAUAUUGUUUCUGAUACAGGUUUGAGGUUUACUUAUGGAUUUUGGAAGAGUUUGCACGAUGCGUUGGGCUCUAAGUUGAGAUUGAGUUCUACGUAUCAUCCACAGACGGAUGUCCAGACGGAGAGGAAUCUUCAGUCAUUGGUGGAUUUGUUGAGAGCUUUUCUUGGGCCUGAGAUUGUUCGACAGACUAUAGAAAAGGUGAAGUUAAUUCGGGAUAAGAUGAAAACUUCGCUUAGUAGGAAAAUGAGUUACCAUAAUAAGAGAAGGAAAGAUCUUGAGUUUCAAGAGGGAGACCGUGUGUUCUUAAGAGUCACUUUGGUGACCGGUGUAGACCGCGCCUUGAAAUUGAGGAAGUUUACUCAUCGGUUUAUCGGCCCGUAUACAAUUUCUAACAACGUGGAGACUAUUGGAUAUAGGGUGGCCUUGCCACCUAACCUGUCGAAUUUGCAUGAUGUGUUCCAUGUGUCGCAACUCCGAAAGUAUAUUUUAAAUCCAUCUCAUGUGAUUUUUAUGGAUGAUGUGAAAGUGUGGGAUAAUCUUACAGUUGAAAAUGUGCCUGUGUCGCAACUCCUUUUAACCUUAUAUUUGCAGAUGUAUAUGGAGCACCCGAAUAUGUUUCUCAAAGGUGUGGUAUGUAACGAUGUAAAACAUGAUAUAGCAAUGGAUAAUGUUAAACUAGAUGAAGUGAAGCAUGAUAUUAAACUAGAUGAAGCAAGGGGAAGGUCCAAUUCAUCAACUUUGAACUAUAGACUGAUGACGAUUUAA